AUGUUUAAAAACCUCACAAAGUUAGCCUGUUGCUUAGGAUUAGCUAAGGGAGUCUUUGUAGUUUGUUCUCAAAAUGUCCAUUCUCAUGAUAGGUUGCAGCAUUACAAUUUUCUAAGUGAAGAUGAAUUACAUAACUUAUUAAAAAAACAUCAAAACUUAUCAAUUCUCAACAGAAAUUAGACUGAACAUAUUCUAUCUUUGAUGAGAGAAUCUAAUUCUGAUAUUGUGGUAAUUUAAAAAAAAGAUAUUUUAGACAUUCAGAAAGAAUGCAGAUAGAUUGAUUAGAAUCUUGAUGGAAUAAGCUUUGGCUCAAUUGUAAAGAAAAAAUUCUAUAAAACAAUCACCUUUGGGCUUUUAUGAUGCAAAUGAAGUGAAAUUCUCUGAUGAAGAGUAGAUAUUUUAUUUAUUUUAGAAUCUGUAUUGUAAGUAUUCUAAGAUCAGGAAAUGCAUUCUUAAAUGAAGGUUUAAGAGUGAUUUAAGGGGCGUCAAUUGGAUAAAUAUUGAUUCAAAGAAACGAAGAGACAUCGAUGCCAAAAUAUUUCUUUGAGAAACUUCCAGAGAAUAUUCAGGAGUAAUAAAUUAUUAUGGUUGACCCAAUGCUUGGAACGGGAGGAAGUGCAAGUAUGGCAUUAAAGAUAUUAUAAAAUUAUGGUGUAAAGGAAGAAAAUAUUAUAUUUUUAACUUUGGUUAGUUGUGAACAAGGGUUGAAUAAAGUCUUUAAAGAGUAUCCAAACAUUAAAAUCAUAACAGCUCAAGUUGAUCCAAUACUGAUAAAAGAGAUUAAUUAUCUGGCUCCUGGAAUAGGCGAUUUUGGGGAUAGAUAUUUUGGAACGGUUAAAAAACAUACACGUGUCGUAUAAGUUUGA